CAUCCUGUCCGUGACGCGGAGGCCAACCUCGCGCAUGGAGAGCAACUUCCUCGUGCAGACCCCCGGCGGUGGGGCGCUGAUCCAAUUGGAGCUCGUCAAGGCGGCCGGGGGUGAGGAGUUAAUGGUUCGCGUGCUGGACGAGUGCGGUGGGACGUGGGAGGAGGAGGACGACAUCGGCAAUGUUGUGGUGCCCAUGGAUGCGUCCGGCACGGUGGCUGUGUCCACGAAGGAGUGCCCCGGGCUGAGGCCAAGCACCGUCUAUUAUAGGGACCUCAACAGCGGUGAGACGCGGGUUCGAGCGUACAACCUCGCGGGCAAGCACAAGAAUGUCGAGGUCGUUGAGUCCCUCUCCAGGGCGGAGGGAAACAAGCGGUCGUGAUUCUGGUUCACGCUGCUCUAUUCAU